AUGAACAUCUCCACACGUCGCAUUGUAAUCAUACUGCUAGCAGUGAAUACGUUCGUUCUCGGAUUGCCACGUCCUGAUUUUGGAAUUGCGCAAGAUGUAGCAAACAGCGGGAAGAUCGCCGACCGUGCCACUGCUUUGGCACGAUCGUUCAGUGCGCUCGACAAGACUUCCUUGCCCAUUCAGUCCGGCGUCACCCUGCUCAUUCUGGUACGCGACACCAUCACGUCUAUUGCGUCGAAGCUGUCCCGAUCGGGCGUGGAUUUGAUGGGAACCAUCGUGACACUGGCAAACGACGACACCGGUCCCAUAGUGGACGCAUUUGCUCGUGUCACUCGAGCUCUGACGGCAUCAAACGCACUGCUUAAUGGUGGACUAAGUACGGAGUUAAACACUCUCACCAGCAGGCUAGGUCCAUAUCUUGCCCGGCAAUUCAUAGACGCAUUCCGUGGCAUUAGUGGUGGGUUGCAGAACCUAUCAAAGGCUCUCGCAAGCUUGCAGGUUGCCAUCGAGAAAGCCAAGAAUGCAGCCGGUAGUGGGGUUGUUACGACGGCUCUUGUGAGGAAGUUUGUAUCCCCAACGAUAGUGUUUAAUGUGUUGAGUGCUCUUAACGAAAUCGGAACGGGACUACCAGCUGUGAUGUAA